GGAAGGGCGUUUACGCCGCCGUCGUCCGAGUCGCGUUACUUCGCUUUCCCUGCCUCGACAAAGUUUCAAACUUUUGCGGAACUUUUUAUUGUCUAACUUCUUUAUUUGGCUCGUCGGCUUCUAUCGGACGACACCCCGUGCGAGACAAUCACCGGCAGUGGAGGUGAAGGUGUCCGACCGAGACGUUGCCGGCCAGAUGGCGUCGUCCGUGACGCUGGAAGAGGCUCUUUCGAACGUGGACCUGUUGGAGGAGCUUCCUCUGCCCGACCUGCAGCCGUGCAUCGAGCCACCGCCUUCCUCCAUUCUCUAUCAGGCCAACUUUGACACCAACUUUGAGGAUCGCAAUGCUUUUGUUACCGGUAUUGCCAGGUACAUCGAGCAAGCAACCGUCCACUCCGGAAUGAAUGAGAUGCUGGAGGAAGGCCAAGAGUACGCUGUCAUGCUCUACACCUGGAGGUGCAUCUCCCGGGCUAUCCCACAGGUGAAGUGCAAUGAACAGCCGAACAGAGUGGAGAUUUACGAGAAGACGGUGGAGGUCCUGGAGCCCGAAGUCACAAAGCUCAUGAACUUCAUGCAUUUCCAGCGAAAGGCGAUCGAGAAGUUUUGCGAGGAGAUGAAGCGGCUGUGCCACGCCGAGCGGCGCAAGGACUUUGUGUCCGAAGCGUACCUUCUCACGCUGGGCAAGUUCAUCAACAUGUUUGCCGUCCUCGACGAGCUCAAGAACAUGAAGUCGAGCGUCAAGAACGACUACUCCGCCUACAAGCGAGCUGCUCAGUUCCUGCGCAAGAUGGCUGACCCGCAGGCCAUCCAGGAAUCUCAAAACCUGUCCAUGUUUCUGGCAAGUCACAAUAAAAUCACGCAGACUCUGCAGCAGCAUCUGGAGGUGAUUCCCGGCUACGAGGAGCUGCUGGCUGACAUCGUGAACCUCUGUGUGGAGUUUUACGACGACAAGCUGUACCUGACCCCCAGUGAGAAGCACAUGCUUCUCAAGGUGAUGGGCUUUGGGCUCUUCCUAAUGGACGGUGAGAAGAGCAACAUCUACAAACUGGAUGCCAAGAGAAGGAUCAGUCUGAACAAGAUUGACAAGUUCUUUAAGCAACUGCAAGUGGUGCCGCUGUUUGGAGACAUGCAGAUCGAGCUGGCUCGCUACAUCCAGACUAGCGCUCACUACGAGGAGAACAAGUCCAAGUGGACCUGCACCUCGCAGAGCAGCAGCCCCCAGUACAACAUCUGUGAGCAGAUGGGGCAAAUUCGCGACGAUCACAUCCGCUUCACAUCCGAGCUUGCCCGACACAGCAACAGCGAGGUGGUGAAGGCAUCGGGCCAGGACAGCCAUAAGACGGACGAGCAGCACCGCGAGCUGUGCGACCUGGCUUUGCGUGGCCUCCAGCUGCUGUCCAAGUGGAGCGCUCACGUCAUGGAAGUGUAUUCCUGGAAGCUGGUGCAUCCCACGGAUAAGUUCUCCAACAAGGAGUGUCCGGACAACGCGGAGGAGUACGAGAGGGCCACACGCUACAACUACAACUCUGAGGAGAAGUUUGCGCUUGUCGAGGUGAUGGCGAUGGUGAAGGGCCUGCAGGAUCUGAUGGGCCGCAUGGAAAGCGUCUUCAACCAGGCCAUCCGGCACACGGUCUACGCCAAGAUACAGAACUUCGCCAAGCUCACCCUGCGUGAGCCUCUGCGCCAGGCCAUUAAAAAGAAGAAGAAUGUCGUCAUCAGCGUGCUGCAGGCGAUCCGCAAGACGUGCUGCGACUGGGAGGCCGAACCGGCCAACGACCCCUGCCUCAAGGGAGAGAAGGACCCCAAGAGCGGCUUUGAGAUCAAAGUGGCACACAGGGCAGUGGGCCCUUCCAGCACUCAGCUGUACAUGGUGCGUACCAUGCUGGAGUCGCUGGUGGCCGACAAGAGCGGCGCGAAGAAGACUCUGCGCAGCACCCUGGAGGGACCGUUCAUCCUCGCCAUUGAGGAGUUCCAUCGCAGCUCCUUCUUUUACCCCCACCUCCUCAACUUUGGGGAGGCCCUGCAGCAGUGCUGUGACCUCUCCCAGCUGUGGUUCCGCGAGUUCUUCCUGGAGCUCACCAUGGGCAAGAGGAUCCAGUUCCCCAUCGAGAUGUCCAUGCCGUGGAUUCUCACGGACCACAUCCUCGAGACCAAGGAGCAGUCCAUGAUGGAGUACGUCCUGUAUCCGUUGGACCUGUAUAACGACAGCGCUUACUACGCCCUCACCAAGUUCAAGAAACAAUUCCUCUACGAUGAAAUUGAAGCGGAGGUGAAUCUGUGCUUUGAUCAGUUUGUGUACAAGCUGUCAGACCAAAUCUUCACCUACUACAAGGCGCAGGCUGGAAGUCUGCUGCUGGACAAGAGGCUGCAGACGGAGCUCAAAAACCUGGGGGUGUCGAUCCCUCACCCCCCCUCCAACCGGUACGAGACUCUGCUCAAGCAGAGGCAUGUGCAGCUGCUCGGCCGUUCCAUCGACCUGAACCGGCUCAUCACGCAGCGCAUCUCGGCUGGAGUCUACCGCUCCCUAGAGCUUGCCAUCAACCGCUUUGACAGCGAGGACCUCACCUCAGUUGUGGAGCUGGAGGGGCUGCUGGAAGUGAACCAGCUGACGCACAAGCUGCUCAGCAAGCACCUGACGCUGGACGGCUUCGACGCCAUGCUGCGUGAGGCCAACCACAACGUGUCGGCUCCGUACGGCCGCAUCACCCUGCACGUCUUCUGGGAGCUCAACUACGACUUCCUGCCCAACUACUGCUACAACGGCUCCACACACCGAUUUGUCAGGACUCAGUACACCUUUGCCCAGAAGCUGGAGAGGGACAAGCCACCAAACGCGCAGCCACAGUACUUGUUUGGCACCAAGGCACUCAACACGGCCUACACGUCCCUGUACGGCUCCUAUCGGUACUUCCUGGGCACCCCUCAUCUGCGAUCCAUCUGCCGACUGCUGGGGUACCAGGGCAUUGCCGUGGUGAUGGAAGAACUUCUCAAAGUGGUCAAGAGUCUGCUGCAGGGCACCAUCCUGCAGUACGUAAAGACACUGAUGGAGGUGAUGCCCAAGAUCUGUCGCCUCCCGCGCUACGAGUACGGCUCCCCAGGAAUCCUGGAGUUCUUCCACCACCAGCUCAAGGAUAUCGUGGAAUACGCCGAGCUCAAGACCGACGUCUUCCAGAGCCUGCGCGAAGUCGGCAACGCCAUCCUCUUCUGCCUCCUCAUUGAGCAGAGUCUAUCACAAGAGGAGGUGUGUGAUCUCCUGCAUGCCGCGCCCUUCCAGAACAUUCUGCCCCGCGUCCACGUAAAAGAGGGGGAGAAGCUGGAGGCGAAGAUGAAGCGGCUGGAGAGCAAGUACCAGCCCCUGCACCUCGUGCCGCUCAUCGAGAGGCUAGGGACCCCUCAGCAAAUAGCGAUUGCACGCGAGGGCGACCUGCUGACAAAGGAGCGGCUCUGCUGUGGCCUCUCCAUGUUCGAGGUGAUCCUGUCGCGCGUACGCGCCUACCUGGACGACCCUGUGUGGCGGGGGCCGCCCCCCACCAACGGCGUGAUGCACGUGGACGACUGCUGCCAGCUCCACCGCCUGUGGAGCGCCAUGCAGUUUGUCUACUGCAUCCCCGUGGGCACCAACGAGUUCACCACCGAGCAGUGCUUUGGGGAUGGCCUUCACUGGGCCGGCUGUUCCAUCAUCAUGCUGCUGGGCCAGCAGAGGCAGUUCGACAUGCUGGACUUCUGCUACCACCUGCUCAAGGUGCAAAGGCACGAUGGCAAGGAUGACGUCAUCAAGAACGUGCCGCUGAAGCGGAUGGUGGAGCGGAUCCGCAAGUACCAGAGCCUCAACAACGAGAUCUUCGCCACGCUCGGCAAGUACCUGAAGGCGGCCGACGCCGAGGCCAUGCCCAUUGAGCACGUGCGCUGCUUCCAGCCGCCCAUCCACCACUCGCUCGCCAGCAACUGAGACGCGGAGCUGGAGACCGAGGUGGGGGGGGCGGCGGAGGCUCGGGGGGCGGAACGAGAGUGCAGUAGAGAGAGAGGGAGCCGGUGAGAGGGAGGUAAAUGGGAAAUACGGCUCGUUACCUCUCUCUGGCGGUUCUUGCCUGUGGUUGCAACCGUCGUGCCGGGAGGUGUGGAAUCGAACCAGCAGCCUCUAGACUGCAAGUCAAGGGGCUGCUGACCUUUACUCCGCAGCUUGAUUUUUCCCUUUUUUUAUUGAAUGCUUCUUUUUCUUUAUAACGCUUUUGGGACGAAUAUGUAAUGGGUGACGUUUAGAGCGGCGAGGGCCCUUCCUAUCCGAGUGGUCAUAGCUAAAGAGCUUCUGUCUGCUAUGGAGAAGAAGAAGAGCCUCUUCCUUACCCAUCCUGUCAUAGAUGCGGUUAUAAACUAAACUAACUUUUUAUUUUACCAGGUAAGGCCCACUGACCUAUGCAGCUCUUUUUCAGAAGUAACCUGGCAACAAAUGCUAGCUCAACGAAGUGGCUUACCAUGACAUGGAAAUGUAUAACAGCCAAAUACUCUAAACCCCUGUUGAUUCUAAAUGUGGAGGGAAAUACUGGAGGACCCAGAGAAAAAUCCACGUGACCACGGGGAGAGAGACACACAAACUCCAAAUAUAGAGACCUCGAGGACCUCCCCAAGGUCUUCCUGAUCGAGAAUGGCUCCUUGGAGGUGUCCCUCAAGGUCCCCUUUUGUAACUUCGCCGCUUGAAUCUCUUCUGCCUGUUUGCUGUAUUGGGAUAUAGUUUUGUAAACGGUGAGUGCUGUACAGGCGCGUGCACUCUCUCCCGGGCGAGUCGGUGAUGAUGCACUGUUAGCGGGUGCGGCGGUUGGCCCGCAAUCGUGCGUGGGGAAUCCACACGCAGGGAAAAAAGAGGUGCCUUGAAAAAGCAAUGCAGAAAGUAGGCUGCUUACCUGCCUGUGCGCGGAGUCUUGAGUGUGAGACUCCGCACAGGAUUGGAGAUGCUGACACUGUCAUUCACACUUAACACACACUAGCCAAGCCUUUUGUGUUUCAUUAUCACCGCCUUGAACAUUCUUCGAGAGGUAGGGAGUCCAACCCGGGUCACCUCACCACACUUAUGUGGACGUAGGCUGAAGGGAGAUGCAACACAAACGCGCAGUUUCCUCGUUUGCUUGUCUACGGCAGAGGGAAAUGCUGCCCGUCUGCAGUGAAUAGGACGUCAGAACUUAAACCCAUAACCCAUCUCGUCUCCCGGACCAAAGGCAGCCAUUUACAUUCAAACAUUCAUUGGCUGGCUCCCACAAUGCACUGUGAACUGUAGCUGUCAUGCCGGCUCCCACAAUGCACUGCACACGAUGUCUCCAUAGUUCCGGCUCCCCCACAAUGCCCUGCAUGUACGGCAGCUACACUGCCGAUGGUGGCAGUUGGGAUACUUUUUCUUUUGUUUUCAUUCGCAAACUUAAAACUCUGGUCUCAGACUGCCUGACUCACACAACUUAUGCAUGCAGCUCCGCAGUAAGAGCCGUGCAAUGUUUGGGUUGCAUCUUCCCUUUAAUCGAGGCUUCUCCGAGUUGAGGGCGCAUUCGUUCUACGCGCCAUUCAUGCAGAUUUGAAAGCGUCCGGUCACUGUGUCCGGCUGUGCCUUGUGUCACUCGCAUAGAACGUUAGCAUUGCGUUUUUCGUGAGUGGGCUUGAUAAUAAUUAUACAGAUGAUGCCUCACUGUUGGAUGUGGUCUAGAAUGGGACGAGGACUCGAUGGCAUUUUAUGCAGUGCCCUGUCAAUGUGCCUUAAUCUCGUCUCCAGCAAACGCCUUACCACCAGACCAAACGUAAAAUUGGCAUUAGUAAUUUAUUUCCUUUUCUUAGAACUGUAUUGGGGGAAGCGUUUCACAGAUGUGGGUGUGCAAUGUGAGUUGGUUUUGAUGUAUGCAGCGGACAAUGAUGCUGGGUAGUGUGUGAGAGUGCACAUGCGGAGUGCACGUCAAGUUAGAAUGUCUGUACUCUCCGGAUUGUAAGACGCAAUAGUUGUUUCCUGUGUUUGUAAUCGAUUCGAUGUCGUUGUCUGUGUUUGUGUGACCACAUUUGUGUAACAUUGACACCGGCCACAAGUUUAGGAUCGCGUCUUACUUUUCGUGAGCAUCAUAUAAUCUGGAGAAUACGGUAAUGCUGUUUGCGGAAAGCCUUUUAACUGUUACCAAAUAAGAGUUUGGGUUUUCCCCCCUUGGACAUUGAUGCUGAGCGGAGUGCGGGCACAUGUGUGGCUUUGCAUUAGCAGGCUGGGCUGAGGGGUUCGCUGUCGUUUGCUUUUUGGUCAAAGCCUUGGCAGAGCUAGCUUAUUUUCGUGUCCAAAUGCGAUGCACCGUGGAUUGACGAGGAGUGGAAAUGCCGUGGCGCAGCGUGAUCCGUCGUUGCACUCCCCCCCCCCCCCCCCCCCCUGCUGUUUUGUACGCAUCAAAUAUGAACGGGGAGGUUUUAACAAAUACCACGUGUGGAUCUCAUGAACCCGGAUUCCUCCGCUUGGCCUUUAUAUAGAAAAAAGCCACACGAGGGACGUGCAGUUGGUUGACCAAGCGCGUGUUUAAACAGCGCCGUUGCGUGCGACGAGCGGCGCCCAUGGAAUGUGCUUCCUCCUCCACCCCCCUCCUCCUCCUCCCCCCUCCUCCUCCACCGCCUCCUCGCACUCUACUUGUGCGUUUUAAAGUGAGGUAAAUGCGCAGCGCUGCAUUGCCCUAGUCACGCCGCGGAAGGGCCUCCACUGGGGCAAGCGCUGGAGAGAGGCCCCUCUAGAAGUGUCAUUUUUUUGCUCAUAAUGACGACACAAUAAUAUUUACACGAUCUAACCCAAAAACACCUUUAUGUAUAAUAUUGGUCACGGAAGGCUACAUGCUAAGCUGGUAAUUUUGGCCUACACCUUCAUGCUGCCCAGACGUUUUUGGAAGAGGUGGGAUUUUCCCACAUUUUACUCCACCACCUACAACCAGCUGAUCAACACAGACUGUGCUGUAUGUAGUCGGGGAGGGGUGGGGAGGGGAUUGUAAGAAACGUUUCCCCUUGUUCUGCGUGUGCUUCCAUUUCCAGCUUGACCGUAAGAAUAGUAGAGACAGUCACCGGGUUACGGAUGGGUUAUGUUCCCAAAAACGAUCCAUAACCCGAAUUUUACAUGUCGGAAACUGAACAAUUUUCCCCCAAUAUCAAGAUAAAUUCCAUUUACCUAAUCCUAAUGGAGCUAGAGCGAGGCAUAAGGCUGCCCGUCUUACGCCUCACUCCAAGGUAUUCAACCUCACCACGCUGCACUACUUGCGCUUACCUGACUUGUAAAAAAAGGUUCAAUACGCGGAACUUUGUGCAUGAUUUAUAGGAGCAUUUCCGUAAGGUCAGAUUUACGUAUGUCGGAUCUUCUGAAACCUGGGGACUGCCUGUAUUUUAGCAAUCAACGAGCAGCGUUGUGAGGAUGAGGGCUGUAGCUUAUGGCACUGGCGAUGACGGCUCUCGAGCAGCCCAGACAGGUGCCCCCUAAUUGAAAGGUUUGGCACAUUGUACUCCCACCGUGUUGACUUUUGGCCUGUCCUGCAGAGUGACGUGUUCUGACGUGCGAUACCGGACAGUCCCUCCGCUGCCUCCUUGCGCCACCGCCAGUCCUUGUGUAUUAUCCCAAUCUAUUUGACAAGCAAAAAAAGCCAAGAUUUAAUUUGAAACGCCUGUGGCCGAGUUUCUAUUUUGCUGUAUAUAUUGGCAAUUCUUGAAAAUGAAUGUCCUUUGAACAUUCUCGUAUUCACCCCUUGUGCUGUAUCGCCACUCGUUCUGUGUCGGGUAACAGGAUUUUAAGCCGCAUCCCGCCACCCCCAUGUGUGCGAGGGGCCACGGAGUUGUGCGCUUCUCUUGGCUGCGUGAUAAAUGCAUUGACCGCGUUAAGCAGAGUAUCAGAUUAUAGCGGCUUGGCCUUAUUUGCGUUUGUUGACGGUCGGUGGCCCAUGCACGGUGAACAUGUGGUCCGGGCGGCCGUGUAGACAAGUGCCCUUUAGCCAUUGUAAUGGAGCUCCACACUUUAACACAGCCGUCCGCUCGCUCUACACGGUAGCAGGAGUCGUCGUAGGAGAUGCGUUCCGAAAAAAGACACGAGGAGACAGCUGCCUGCCGAGUAGCUCAUAAAGUGCACGCAGUACACACACACAUUACACACACACAUUACACACACACUUUACACACACACACAUUACACACACACACAAUACACACACACACAAUACACACACAGCGCACACACACACACUACACACACACACUACACACACACAAUACACACACACACUACACACACACACUACACACACACACAAUACACACAUUACACACCACACAAUACACACACACACAUUACACACCACACAAUACACACACACACAUUACACACACGCAUUACACACACACACAUUACACACACAUUACACACACACAUUACACACACACACACAAUACACACACAGUGCACACCCAGUCCACACACACAGUCCACAGACAAAGACAGAUAUCUCCCUAAUAAGGCCGGAACAGCACACGAGGGGGUGUGUGAUCAGCACCACGACCAAACUUUGUCUCCCGAUUGCCAAUGUUUACACACUGCACUCUGUACUCAUUUGAGGCUCUGUCGACCUAGGGGAGACCCUGGACCGGUUCAGAUACUCAUCACUGGUGUUGGACGUGCGCGGGGAUCGAACUCGGGUCGCCAGGUUCAUCGCGGGGCGCGCUAACCGCUGCACGACCGCUCCCCACAAAGUACACACACCCAGUACACAUAUACAGUACACACAUACAGUACACACACACAGUACACACACACAGUACACACACACAGUACACACACACAGUACACACACACAAUGCACACACACAUUGUUGUCCCACGUCCGACCGCAUAACUGCAUCUGAGUGAAUUCAAAUUGCAAAAAGCUAAUUUUGGAUAGGGUAGGUUAUGUUAGCUGCAUGUGUCCAGAAAUUGUACAAACUGAACCUGCACAGAGCGAGGGGAACGUGGACUACAGAGGUGCAAUUCAAUACUCUCUGGCUCUUUCGGUGACUUUACCGAAAGAACCAGAGACUAUGGGUUCCUGCAGUCACGAAAGCUUCAAAUCAGCAAUUCAAUGAGUCGUCACGACGUGGAGGAAUGAUUCAAGGUUAAUGUUUUGUUCGUCUGUCUGGUUGCACGUUCCGUCUGAUUUGAACCAUAAGCAUGAAGGUGACGUGAUAUAAUUAGCGUCGGUCUUAAAUAAUCGGUUCUUACACGCGUGAUUCGACGCUGGUGUUGCGGGCCUAAGAAUCGUUGAAUGGAUGCAUUUUUAACACGUCCUCGUGACCUUUCUCUUCGUCAGAUGAUCAACAUAAAUUUUUGUUGACAAAAUUGUACGAAUUGUAGACAUGGUGGAGGGGUGAUGGGGUGAGUUAACCCAACAUCAGGAGUUAAACUUAUGAUUUGAGGUUGUGAGUUAACUUUUAUAGAUUUAAAUUCGCGGAAGAGUUGUUUAAAUCGAAUAUUUAUGUGUACUCAUCUGCCCCUUUACCAACAAAAUAUUGUUUAAACAUUUAAAUAACCUUCAUCACACAAAGAGAGUGUGUAUGUUGUACCUCCCCACUUUAUAACAUAAUGCGUUUGACAAUUUGCUAUCCGUGUUAGAUGUAGACAUUAAUUAGACUUAGUACGGAAAAUGGUUCUUGCAAAAACUGUUCUUGCGACGAGUGUCUGCAUCAUGCCGGAUCUAUCUGCUGACGACGAGCCUCAAGUCCAUGGUGGAAAGUUCUGAUUGUACACGUUCAUCCCUUCAGAGCAUCCCGUUCGUGCAGGAGUCGGCAACCUGCGGAUCCAGAGCCACUCGAGGGCUCUAUGCAGACUGCUUCUUGACGUAUGUUUGUAUUUGCAUGCAUUGCGGCUCUUGAAAUAUAUUGCAUUUUCUACCGAAUUUGAAAAAAAUUUGGAUGCCCUUGUUAUUUUAGUUGCCGACCGCUGAGGUUAGUGGAUCCCUUGAGUGGAUCCCUUGAGUGGAUCCACUGCUGGAUGCUGGGCGUCUCCGUUGCGUGCACCUCCGGUAGGGUCACGUUGCCAUGCCUGCCCGCGCUGGGCGCUGCUGCUCGGUGGAGGUGGGGAGCGUCGACGCUCCGCGUGCGGCCGUGCGGCCCCCCGCUGUGCCACACGACCCCCAACACCCUAAUGUGCACGGCGGUCGCCCAUCGAAGUACUAAUCCGGGCUCAACUCUGCUUAGCUUCCGAGAUCCGAUGGCUCUGGGCACGUUCCGAGUUGCUCCAUGGGUGUUGUUCAUUGCGUUGCACCAAUGGCGCGUUUCAACCAUCGUCACAAUCCGGGCAGCCCUUGGAUCGGUUUGGCCGCUUUCUCCUGGGCCGGUUCCCAAAUAGCAACGCAACUUGAUUUUAAUCUUGGCUUCACACUGAAGCGUCUUGUUCUGUCUGCUGUCACGGUUGUAUCGAGUGGCGUCUUAAUAUUGUACUGGAAGCAUUGACGUCGCUGUUGGCGCUCUGCGCUACAGACCUGGCGACCCGAGUUCGAUUCCCGCUCACGGCCAACAUCAGUGAGGAAUAUUUUAACUGGUCCUGGGUCUCCCCUAGGUGAACUUGGCCUGUUGCGGUGUGUCAACAUCGCCACUGGGAAGACAAAGCUGGCUGGGUGUGUGCCGGCCUUCAUUGAUGCUGCUCGCUAACAGCACUUGUCCCAACAGUACGUUCAGGCUAUACGGAGGUUCUUUCUCUUGUAUGUGUGAGCAAGUGACCCUUUGAACUAAACCUUUGUAAAAACAAAUAUGUGUGUGAGAGGCAUUAAGGAUGAACUCACUUUGAGCCCACUUGCCCUCGUCCUGCUCGAAACCCUUCUUCAGAUGGGUCUGGGUCAGAGCGCCAAUGCGGCACUUGUAAGUGUUCUGGCCAGGCAGGGUAAACAGAGGGAUGGGGUGGGGGGUUGAGUAAUUCUAAGAAACGAAACGAUAAAGGUCAAGAGCACAGGGGUCACCAGCGACGAUGUCCGCAGGAGCCCAACGUCCAUGCCCUCCCUCUCCGCGUCCUCCCUCUCCGCUCCCUCCCUCUCCGCGUCCUCCUGUGUUUGUUCGCCAGACUACAGCUCGGUGUCAUCAAAUUGCUGCUUUUUAGAGGACUUCGCUGCGUGCAAUCCAAUUGCUUGUCUGCGAGACCAACUGGGUGCAAUCCGAUUGCUUGUUCUUCUACUCGGCGAGUCCUGGCCUUAAACGCAAUAUUAAAAAUGUCACUAGCCAUGACCGAACCCGAUUUUGUCGACCAGAACCCAGUUAUGGAACUGCCAGGACGGCUCAGUUGUUGAAGCAGCAGGCUCGUGACCGCUUAAUCCAGAGUUUGACCCCUUGUCAGGACCAAAUCCAUUCCAUCAGUCGCUUGCAGUCGGUAAAUCGAGUGCCAAGGCAAGAGUGCUCAUCUCUGCCAUAGGAACGUCGAGUUACCAUUGGUAGACUCGUGAUUGGCGAGCGUGCUUUAUGUCCUUCUGGUGUCAUCUUCAUAGCUGAGGGUUCACGUCUGUGACAUGCUUCAGCUGCGUCGCACGUGCAUGAGCGUCCAGGCGUAAGAAAUCAAUUUUUGAUAAGCGAUCAGAUUCCGUCGUGCUAUUGAAUAAGUAAAACGUAAAGAGAGGCUCAUCUUGUCUGCCGCUUGUACUCUUGGAAAGGACACUAUUAAACACACACGACUAACAUUUAAAACGCGGUUUUGUACUCGUGUAUCCCGAUAUACUGACUGUAUUGACGUGUGUGGCUCUAGGGAUGUGUAUGUGUAGUGCUUAGUUGGUAAUGGAUUUAUAAAGUUUUGCUAUCUCACAAUAAAAAUGGUUAUGUAUUA